GACUCUUUGCUACACCAUUUCAUUUUGGAAACACCCCAGUAGCAAUGAAGACUUUACUAUUUAUUGCCUGCAUUACUUUUCUUUCACCUUCUGUAAACGGUGCGGCAGAGGGUAACUGGAAAUAUGGAGAAGAAGAAAACUGGCCUGGAAAAUGUACAAAUGGUACGAGGCAAUCUCCCAUUGAUAUUAUUACAGCAAAAGCCGAAAAAUCUCCAGAAUGGAAAAAUUUUACCCUAACUAAUUUCGACAAAGACCUUAAAUCUCGAGAAUUUAAACAUACUGGAAAAACUAUUCUAUUGGAUUUGGAAGGUUCUGGAUUGUCUAUUGAGAAUGGCGGUUUAAAUGGAACUUACCAGGCUUUGCAGUUACAUUUUCAUUGGGCGAAUGAUUCGAAAAGUGGAGCUGAACAUACAAUAGAUGGCAAAGAAUUUCCAUUGGAGCUUCAUAUUGUAACUAAGAAUGGUGAUCAAGAAUAUGGACAACAGCAUGCCGUUCUCGGAUUUGUGUUUAAAGUUGUUGACAAAAAUAAUACCAAAUUUGAUAGCAUAGCAGCUGAAGUUCCAAAGAUUAAAGCUGAAGAUGCAAAAAUUAAUAUUGACGUUAAUAUCAAAAGCUUUUUACCCUCGAACAUGAAAGUCUUCUACAGAUAUUAUGGUAGCUUAACCACACCAAAUUGCGACGAAGACGUUAUAUGGUCAGUUUUCGAAACACCAAUUGAAAUAUCGCAAUAUCAACUUUCGAUAUUUCAAGAUAUUCAUUUUUCGCACGGAUAUGCCAAUUAUAGGUCAAUUCAAAAGUUAAAUAACAGAAAAGUGCUCAAAUUUGAAGCAAAGCCUGGUGAAACUUCAUCUGCAAGUUGCUUAUUGUACAGUAGCUUUUCUCUAAUAAUCUUACUUUUCGCUACCUAUAUGUUGUAA